ACAUUUGGGCUCUCAAGAGGCUACAGGGACUGGCACUGUUUGGACAGGAUGGCCCACAUGGAGAGAGCUCUACCCUGGCUGCUCCUGCUGGCACUUGCCUUGCUGGGCAGCAGCACGGCGGAGCGGGACUGCCGAGUAAGCAGCUUCAAAGUCAAGGAGAACUUCGACAAGACCAGGUACAGUGGCACCUGGUAUGCCAUGGCAAAAAAAGACCCUGAGGGGCUAUUUCUGCAGGACAACGUGGUAACCCAGUUCAACGUAGAUGAGAAUGGACAUAUGAGUGCCACUGCAAAAGGCAGAGUCAGACUCUUCAAUAAUUGGGAUGUCUGUGCUGACAUGAUUGGCUCUUUCACUGACACAGAGGAUCCUGCCAAGUUCAAGAUGAAGUACUGGGGUGUUGCCUCUUUUCUCCAGAAAGGAAAUGAUGAUCACUGGAUAGUGGACACAGAUUAUGAUACAUAUGCUCUUCAUUACUCCUGCCGCAAACUAAACGAAGAUGGCACUUGUGCUGAUAGCUAUUCCUUUGUGUUCUCCCGGGACCCCAAGGGAUUGCCUCCAGAGGCACAGAAAAUUGUCAGACAAAGGCAGAUAGACCUCUGUUUGGACAGAAAAUACAGAGUUAUCGUUCAUAAUGGAUUUUGCUCUUAAGGAGAUCCAACACUAUGGAAAGAACCAUGUAACAGCACCAUGGAUGUAAAGUUAACACAUUGAUCGGGUGUUCUCUUGAAAACCUUUUAAACGGCUUCAUUUAGAUUUUGAGCAUAUUUAUCUGAGCUGCGUAGCUCACCUUGUUAAUAAACCAAUGAAACGUUUUAAUAAACUUGGAUUACAGGGGAAGCAAAUUGUUUGUAUGCACAUCUGUACAUCUGUAGACAUUGGGUUUAUUAGUAAACCAUUAUCUUAAUGCACUGUUUUAAAUUGGUGACAGAUGCCAAUAAUUUAGAAUUCAAUCAUUCCUUUUUUAGUAGUUUCAAUAUGUAACUAAAAGAGUUUUAAUUAAAUAU